AUGCUUCCUCUGGUCGUCUUUGUCAGCGUCAUCGCCUUUUCAUGGGCAACAACUUCGGAUGAGCAAGCACAAGUUAUCGUGGAAACCUAUUUCGACUUCGAUGAGAACAUGAGUCCUUCUUAUUUGGAGAUAGUCAGAUCAACAGUGGAAGAGCUUGAGGAAAGCUACAACGUUCUCUACAACCCUAAACAAAUCGAUGUAAAAGCAGAGAAUAUCGAUGGAAGAUUCGCUGCCGUCUAUACCGUCCAUGGAGUGGAUUGUAAUAAGUUAGACGACUUCGUCUCAGCUAUCAAGGGGCUAUCAGCACUUGCUAAGCAAGUCACCAUUACAUGCGGUGGAAAAACAAUAGCUCUGUAG